UAGUACAGCUUCUUCACUUAAUCCCACAGACAAACAUCCAAAACCCCCUAAAAACUCUCUAAACCCCAAAAAGCGUUACUUGGAGCUCCCUCCACUAUAAAAGGUGACCCUUCUUCACAAACCUUGAAUGCUACUCCCAAGAACGAAGGCACUCCGUUUAAGCGCCAUGUCGUCCGGCGCCAAAAUGUUGGCCUCCACUUCAUCAUCUUCGUCGUCGUUUUUGGCCGUGAGAAACCCUAGCUUCUCUUCGACCUCCACGAGGCUCUUCAAUGGAGGAGUUCUUCAUAGGGGGAAUAAGAACCGUGUCUCGUUCUCUUCCGCUACUCGCUUCGCGAACGCCUCGCUUCGGUGCUACGCUUCUUCGGCUGGCUUCGAUAGAGUUCAGGUUCAGAAUCCUAUUGUAGAAAUGGACGGUGAUGAAAUGACGAGGAUCAUAUGGAGAAUGAUAAAGGACAAACUUAUAUUUCCAUAUUUGGAUUUGGAUAUAAAGUAUUUUGAUUUGGGAAUUUUGAAUCGCGAUGCAACCGAUGACAGAGUUACUGUAGAGAGCGCUGAAGCCGCUCUUAAGUACAAUGUCGCAGUAAAAUGUGCCACAAUUACACCUGAUGAGACCAGAGUCAAGGAAUUUGGGCUGAAGUCUAUGUGGAGGAGUCCCAAUGGCACAAUCAGAAACAUCUUAAAUGGUACUGUUUUCCGUGAACCUAUCCUCUGCCGUAAUAUUCCCAAAAUUAUUCCUGGUUGGAAGAAACCCAUAUGUAUUGGUAGGCAUGCAUUUGGCGACCAGUAUCGUGCCACUGACACAGUCAUUGAAGGCCCAGGAAAGCUUAAAAUGGUUUUUGUCCCAGAUGAUGGAAAGACCCCAGUGGAACUUGAUGUUUUUAAUUUUAAAGGGCCAGGCAUAGCUCUCGCGAUGUAUAAUGUUGACGAGUCUAUUCGAGCUUUUGCUGAGUCGUCCAUGACUCUAGCAUUUGCAAAGAAGUGGCCUCUUUACUUGAGCACCAAAAACACAAUUCUUAAGAAAUAUGACGGGAGGUUUAAGGACAUAUUCCAGGAAGUAUAUGAAGAGAAGUGGAAGCAAAAGUUUGAAGAGAAUUCAAUAUGGUAUGAACAUCGGUUAAUAGAUGACAUGGUUGCUUAUGUAGUAAAAAGUGAAGGUGGAUAUGUUUGGGCUUGCAAAAAUUAUGAUGGAGAUGUGCUGAGUGAUUUACUUGCUCAAGGAUUUGGCUCCUUGGGGCUCAUGAGUUCUGUGUUGUUAUCCUCUGAUGGGAAGACAUUAGAAGCCGAAGCAGCUCAUGGGACUGUAACUCGCCAUUUCCGAUUACAUCAGAAGGGGCAAGAAACCAGUACAAACAGUAUUGCUUCUAUUUUUGCAUGGACUCGGGGGCUGGAACAUAGGGCUAAGCUAGAUGAAAACGAGAAAUUGCGGGAGUUUGUUCACAAGUUGGAGGCUGCAUGCAUUGAGACCGUAGAAACAGGGAAAAUGACCAAGGAUCUUGCCAUUUUGAUCCACGGUUCCAAGGUAUCAAGGGAACAUUAUUUGAACACCGAAGAAUUUAUUGAUGCUGUUGCACAAAAUCUGGAGGCCAAGAUUCGAGAACCUGUGCUGGCUUAAGUAGAUAUUUAGUUACCCUAGAGAGAAUUUUGUAAUGAGCUUAAGGGUCCGUUUGGAUACCGCUGAAACUGAAAACUGAAUGCAUGAACAGUGAAAUCUGUCCCCUCUAAAACGCGUGCAGCAGGAUAAAAAAAAAAAUUAAAUAAAAUAAAAAAAUUAAAAAAAAAGAACAGAAAAACGCAAAAGCAAACGCAUCAGCCGGAUCCAAACACACACUAAGUUGUCAGGUUUGUGAUUGAAUAUCUUCCUUUCUUAAACGAAGUCCUUUUCCUUCA